CGCCCCUCCUCCACGAGCUGACCUUCCAGGCCAUGGCCUACGACCUGUUGCCCAUCGAGAACGAUGUCUACAAAUUCGAGGCCACGUCUGGGAACGAAGUGCGCGACAAAGAGGUGAUACUCGACGAAAACGACGAAAUAUGGGCCGAACUCCGGCACCAACACAUCGCACUCGUCUCGCAGAACGUCACCAAACAGCUCAAGAAGUUCAUCGACAGUAAGCGCAUGUCGACCAACGAUAAGACGUCGAUGAAGGACUUGUCGCAAAUGAUCAAGAAGAUGCCGCAGUACCAGAAGGAGCUGUCGAAGUACGCCACGCACCUACACCUCGCCGAGAGCUGCAUGAAGUCCUAUCAGGGCUACGCCGACAAGUUGUGUCGCGUGGAGCAGGACCUGGCGAUGGGCACCGACGCCGAGGGCGAGAAGAUUAAGGACCCGAUGCGCAACAUUGUGCCCAUACUUCUGGACCAAGCGGUCAACAUAUUCGACAAGAUUCGCAUCAUCUUGUUGUACAUCAUCUCGAAGAAUGGCAUCUCGGAGGAGAACUUAGCCAAACUGAUCCAGCACGCACAGAUACCACCACAGGACAAGACCAUCAUCACCAACAUGUCCUACUUGGGCAUCAACAUCACCACCGAUGCCGGUCGCAAGAAGGUGUAUCAGGUGCCCCGCAAAGAGCGCAUCACCGAACACACGUACCAGAUGUCCCGGUGGACGCCCAUUGUCAAGGACAUGAUGGAGAACGCCAUCGACGACAAGUUGGACGCCAAGCACUUCCCAUACCUGACGGGCCACUCGGCGCCGGCCAACUUCGGACGCCCGGCGCCCACGAGCAUGAGGUACGGCCACUGGCAUAAGGACAAGAACGCGCUCAACAUCAAGAACGUGCCGCGACUGUUGAUCUUCAUCAUCGGCGGCAUGUCCUACUCGGAGAUGCGGUGCGCCUACGAGGUG